GCGUGCGCUCUAACCCAACCGAGCACGACGCCCGCACGGCACCGAACGUGCGUACCCCCCAAACGACACCAAGGGAAACCAAACAAAAUACCGCGUCCGCGUGCUCCGCCCUUCCCAUCCGCUCCCUCCUCGUCCUCCUCCUCCGCCGCCGCCGCCCCGUGCAGCACCCCGCCGGCCCGGAAGCAGGGAAGGGGGGGCCGAGACCCGUCAGCGUCUCGCGCUGCGCAGAGUGCGCUUGCAGCGCCCGUCGGAGGGGGAUGGCGUACCGCGCGGAAGACGACUACGACUACCUAUUCAAGGUGGUGCUCAUCGGGGACUCGGGCGUCGGCAAGUCGAACCUGCUCUCGCGAUUCGCGCGCAACGAGUUCAGCCUCGAGUCCAAGUCCACCAUCGGGGUCGAGUUCGCCACCCGCAGCAUCCACGUCGACGACAAGGUCGUCAAGGCCCAGAUCUGGGACACCGCCGGCCAGGAAAGGUACCGAGCCAUCACAAGCGCAUACUAUCGUGGAGCAGUAGGGGCACUCGUUGUGUAUGAUGUCACACGGCAUGUCACCUUCGAGAACGUGGAGAGGUGGAUGAGGGAGCUCAAGGAUCACACGGACGCCAACAUCGUGAUCAUGCUCGUCGGGAACAAGGCGGACCUGCGCCACCUCAGGGCCGUCCCAACCGAGGAUGCGAAAGCGUUCGCCGAGAGAGAGAAAGCCUUCUUCAUGGAGACGUCGGCCCUGGAGGCGAUGAACGUGGAGGGCGCUUUCACUGAAGUGCUCACCCAGAUCUACCACGUCGUGAGCAAGAAAGCCCUCGACAUUGGCGACGAUCCCGCGGCGCCUCCGAAGGGGCAGACCAUCAACGUUGGCGGCAAGGAUGAUGUCUCUGCGGUGAAGAAAUCUGCCUGCUGUUCGUCUUAGCUUUGAAUGCUAGAAUAUGCACUUGAGGUUGCUGAUACUUUUUGCAUCAGAGGACACAGGAUGUUAUUGCAAUCAUGGUCCUCAUCUGUAUUCAUGUGUUACCAAGUGUCUCGUGUUCAUUUUGCCAUUUGAUACAUUAAUUAAUUCAUUCAGGACUUCAGCUUGAUGGUAUAGUUUAGGGAUAUGAAAAAGUGUGCGGCUAUCAGAUUUUCACACAGCCCUUUUCUGCCUUUUGCUUUCA